AUGAGUGAAGAGUUUUUAAGAUCCCAAGUUGCUAGCCACAAUAACAGCAAGUCGUGCUGGAUCAUCGUUGGAAACAAAGUCUACGAUGUUACCAAGUUUUUGGAUGAACAUCCAGGAGGAUGCGAAGUGCUUCUGGAACUUGCUGGACAGGAUGCCACGGAAGCUUUCGAAGAUAUUGGACAUUCUUCGGAUGCUAGAGCGAUGAAAGAAGAAUAUUUGGUUGGAUCUCUCGAAAAAGCUGAUCACCAAUUAUACAGUUAUGACAAGAGAAGCCGAGGAAGAUCUGAUGGGAAUGAUCAAAAGAGAGCCGCAAGUCCAUUGGAAGGUAUGGUAAUGCCUGUCCUUGUUGCUGUUAUAGUUGGAUUAUUCUAUUAUCUGCUUGUUUGA